AUGUCGACUGCCAACAAGACUGUGCCAGCUGGGUCUUACGCAUAUCCUAACACACUCGAGGGUGUUUACUACGGGCCCAAGUGCGUUGAAACCGCACUCCCAAAACUUUUGGACACUCUUGGAGCCAAACGAGCGCUUAUCGUAACAGGAAAGUCUCUCCGCAACAAGACUGGUGUUGUGGCAAAGAUCGAGAACAUCCUGAAGAAAAUAAAUGCAUUCGGUGCCACUUUCUCGGAAAUCGGAGAGCAUGCCCCCGAGGCUGGUAUCGAGAACGGCGUCUCCAAGUUUCGUGAAGUCGAUGCCGAUAUUAUAGUAUCCGUUGGUGGAGGUUCUCCCAUCGAUGCAUCAAAAGCUAUUAUUUUCAAGCUACAGCAACAAAGAUCACAAGAAUCGUCUGGCAAAGAGCCAGAGUUCUUGCGGCAGAUCGCAAUACCAACAACCCUGAGCGCGGCUGAGUACACGAGCGGUGCAGGUUAUACCAACAAACAGGGUGACAAGGCAAGUGUCAGUCAUCAAGAGCUUAUUCCGGCGGGGAUCAUACUGGACGCAGAGCUGACUCUUUCGACACCUGAACAAUUAUGGCUUUCCACUGGCAUACGUGCGUUGGACCAUGCAGUCGAGAGUCUAUACAGACCCGGAGUGCCCCUACCAAUGAAAACGCUCUGCCAUGCUGCUAUCGCUGAUCUUUUCCGUUUUCUCCUGUUAUCGAAGAAAGACAGCGAAGAUCUCGUUGCCAGGCAGAGGCUGCAAGUCGCGUCGUGGAUGAGCUUAUGGCCGCGGAGGCUUGAAAGGCACAGUCCGAUAGGAUUAUCACACACGCUUGGUCAUAAGCUUGGGGCAACCUAUGGAAUUCCGCAUGGUAUCACCUCAUGCCUGACGCUUGCGCCAGUCGUCAACCUACAAGCCGAAAUAGCAAGUCAAGAAGACAAGGAGUGCCUCGCUGAAGCUUUAUUAUAUCUUAGAGAGCCAUCAACCGGGACUGUCGAUGGAGAUGUCAGGAAACUAUCCCUUGUACAAGACCUCGGGCUGAAGAGGACGUUGAGCCAAUAUGGUGUACCAACGGCCGACAUUGAGCAGAUCGCGGUCCGUGCAGUUGGUCAAGAGGAUGAAGAAUUGUUUUCAAAGGUCAAGUAUAUUUUGGAGAGCAUCCACUGA